UCCUAAGUCUAAUCGAUUCCCAGGAACCCACGUUUGCUUCGAUUGUUUUCGCGGGUGAUUGAAAGGCUGGUUAUAUCGGACAAUUGCAUCAGUUAACCUAGAAUUUAGUAAAGUAUAGAGCUUCUCGAGCGAAUGGUGGUACAGUAAAGAAUAUGUUUACCCAAUAUUUAGUAACAGUUUUGGCUUCAGCCACAAUUUUUUGUAAAGCAGACUACUUUCCAAGUGAUGAUGUCGUUGAGCUGACUGCAAGCAAUUUCAAUAGUAAAGUUAUUCAAAGUGAUGAUGUUUGGCUUAUAGAGUUUUAUGCACCAUGGUGUGGGCAUUGUCAGAGGCUAGAACCAGAAUGGAAAAAGGCAGCAACUGCUUUGAAGGGCAUUGUAAAAGUUGGUGCUGUAAACAUGGAUGUCCAUGCUUCUGUUGGUGGGCCUUACAAUGUCAGGGGGUUUCCUACUAUCAAAAUGUUUGGAGCAAAUAAAAAUUCACCUCAAGACUACAAUGGUGCUAGAUCUGCAUCUAACAUUGCUAAUGAAGCUAUCAACCUUCUUCGACAAACUGUUGAAGCCCGUCUUUCUGGAAAAGGAGGAAGUAGACAACAGUCACACAGUGGUGGAAGUGGAUCAGGUGAUCCUAAGGAUGUUAUUGAAUUGAAUGAUAAUAACUUUGAAAAGGAAGUUUUCUCAAGCAAAGAUUUGUGGCUUGUUGAAUUCUUUGCUCCAUGGUGUGGACAUUGUAAAGCUCUCGCACCAGAAUGGGCAAAGGCAGCUACGGAACUGAAAGGGAAAGUAAAACUUGCAGCUGUUGAUGCCACUGUUAGUACAAUAAUUGCAAAUAAAUAUGGCAUCCGUGGGUACCCAACAAUAAAGGUUUUCCCAGCUGGUGCAAAGGAUCAUAAUUCAGCUGAAGAUUACGAUGGUGGAAGAACAGCCAGCGACAUCAUUGCCUGGGCAACAGAAAAAGCAGCCGCAUCUGUGCCUCCACCUGAUGUGUUGGAGUUGACAAGCAACGAUGUUUUGAAAGCAGAAUGUCAAGAUAAGCAGCUUUGUGUCUUGUCUUUCCUUCCACACAUUCUUGACUCCAUGGCUGAAGGGCGUAACAAAUAUAUUAAGUUGUUGAAGGAUAUUGGAGAGAAGUACCGGAAGAAAAUGUGGGGUUGGGGAUGGGCUGAGGCUGGAGCCCACCCUAAACUUGAGACGGCUCUAGGAAUUGGCGGAUUUGGCUACCCAGCCAUGGCUGUUGUGAACAGUCGCAAGAAGAUGUUUGUCCUUUUGACUGGACCAUUUGAGGAAGGUGGUAUCAAUGAACUUUUGAGAGCAGUCGCUGUUGGGCGUGGCAGAACCGAACCAAUCAAAGGAGACACAUUACCGACUAUUGAAAGCCGAGAACCUUGGGAUGGAAAAGAUGGGGAGAUACCGCAAGAGGAGGACUAUGGAGAUCUUGAUGACUUAGAUAUGGACAGCAACGAAAAGAGCAAAGAUGAACUUUAGGCUUUCUGAUAACUAGCAAAGACUCAAUACACAGUAUUUUAUAAAAUUGUGAAUAGACGUUAUAUGAAGAAAUGAUGGUGUUAGGAUGUUAAUGUGAAGUAAGUUUUCAAUUGAAGGAACACUAUCACUGAACAGUAUUGGUUCUAUAAAUUUUAAAAUAG